CUGCAGUCAAGGCUAUCUGCGGCUAAUGAAGGCAUUUUAACUGUUACACAACCUGAGGGCAGCGCCCAGACAAGUGGAAAACGCACUUUAGUCCGUCUGUUGACUUCGGCUGAAAGCAGCAAUGAACCUUUUGGGAAACGGGAAAAGCAUUUUUUCCCAAAUGACAUGGCAACAGGUUGAUCAGAGCGUGUCCACAGCAGAGGUCGGAGACCUGAUUGAGUUUGUGAACCCGUGGCUGGGGUUGUCUCUCUGGGGUGUUUAUGUUGGCGAAGGCCAUGUUAUCCAUUUUGGCGUAGGAGAUGAGAACAUGACACAGAAAGCCUGCCGCAGCUUCUUUCAACAACUGGUUCCAAAGUCGACUGGAGAUCGUGCUCUGAAGAAGACGAGAAUCUGUUCGCAGCGCGUCUCGGAUAUCAAACUGCCUCAAGGAACUCGAAUCAGGGUCAACAACGACAAACACAACCUGGUCCCGUCGCCACAGGAGACGGUGAGGCAUCGCUGUGAAACCUUUCUGCAGCAGGAGUUCAAAUACGACCUGAUGAACUUCAACAGUGAGCAUUUCGCCACAUUUGUUCGAUGCGGCCACGCUGUGUGCAACCAGAUUCCCUUUAAGAAGAAGAACGAAGCUCAUGUGGCUACAACUCAGACUCUGCAAAUGAUAAUGCAGCAACGGAUGGAGACAGAAACUUGAGACAAGUUCCACUACCACACCAACUUUGUUAAUGAGGAAAAUAAAACAUUAUAAAAAUCCCCCACUG